GGUUGGAACUCAGGAUCGGCAGCCAUGUUGGUGACCUCUGACCUCCAGCCGGAACUAUCCCAGAGCUCCGUGCGCACCACAAUGGCGGAAGGAGGCGAAGAGGAGUCGGAGGUGUUCGAAAUCACCGACUUCACGACUGCUUCGGAAUGGGAGAGGUUUGUGGCCAGGAUAGAGGAAGUGAUCAACGAGUGGAAGCUGGCAAACCUGGCCCCCGGGCCACCGCUGCUGAAGGGUGAGCUGUCCACAGGAGAGUGGGAGGACCGUAGCGAGGUGGUGACCUUUGCAGACGUCAGGUUCGGCAUGACCUUACAUCGACUCAAGGAGAAGCAACAGGUGCAGACACCUGGAGACAUGGAGGAGGAAGACUGCCAGCCCCAGGCCAUCCAGGACCUGCUGGCCAUGGAGAACGACUUCCCGCCGCGGGCGCACUGCCUCUGCAGAUGGUUUGGUGUGCGAUCGUUCGUGGUGCUGGCCCCAGGAGGACACAGUGACUCCAUCCAGUCGGAGUCUAAAGCCAGCCUCCUGCUGAGCUCCAUCUCCAUAGCUGUCAACAACACUGGCUGUUCCGUGCCCGUGUUUGUGCAGACCCAGCAGAAGUGGCGCCGGAUGUACCAGGGCGUGUGCGAGGGCGGCGGACUCCGAACGAACUACGACAUGGUGCACCUGAAGAGGAUUCCUCCCCAGUACGACCACCUGGCAGGGCUGCUCGACGUCUUCAAGUCCAAGAUCGCGUGCCCGCUGCCGGCGUUGCCGCCUGUCACCGUGUCUGUCCGGUUCACCUACAUCCUGUCUGACUGGACACAGUCCGCCUGGACUCAGGAACCGCCUGAUUUCGACAUCCCGUACGGCGGGAAUGUUGGAGGGGCGGAGUUUGGGAAGCUGCCGUUUGGAGCAUUGGAGGACCCGGUCAGUGAGCUGCACCUGUCCACCACCUGGCCCUGCCUGUCUGAGGAGAUGAUCGUCGACAACUCCGUCUAUUCAGACCUGGACCCCCUCCAGGCCCCCCAGUGGUCGGUCCGAGUCAGGAUGACAGACAACCCCCAGUGCCUCCUGGGUGACUAUUUGUCCGAGUUUGUGAAGAUCUGCCACAGCCUGGAGUCCACCGACCAGCUGCUAGGGGGCCUCGUUCUGGAUGAUGAUGACAAAGACCCUUCGCGUGACGUGAGCGCGGCGUUACAGCGGCUGACAGAACCCUCGCCUCUCCCGUUACCGACCAUCUCCGACGUCGUCAGCAACAUGAAGACUCGCACAAAGUUCCGCCGUAAGGAGGCGCCGAUUGGGGGAGAACUGCUGAACAUGAUCCUACAGUUCCUGUUCCCCGAUGCGGCUCUUGAAGGCUUCCCUCGGGCGGAGAAACCCUCCACGGAGCAGGGAGGGGAGAAACAGGACACGGCGGAGUACAAGGAGACGUACCGACAGUACAAGUCGUCCCCCGAAGGCAGCCUGGUGUACCAGCUGGCCCUGUGCAUGUGUGUGGUCAACUCCAACCACGGGGGUCUGCGGGCGGUGGCUCAUCUGUGGCAGGAGUUUGUGCUGGAGAUGAGAUACAGAUGGGAGAACAACUACUCCAUUCCUGGCCUGCCGGAGGGGAGUCCUGACAUGUCCGCCUGCCUUCUGCUGCAGAAACUGCAGAUGCUGAACUGCUGCAUACAGAGGAAAACAGCCAGGGAAGCCAGGAUGAAGGAGGCAGCCAAUCAGCAGGCUUCCGCAGCUGCUGCAGUUCAGGACAAACCUGCCAGAGGGAGCACUUCUGCAGGGAGUGAUGGCUGGGAUGUAGAGGACAGCGACGAGGAGUUUUUUGAAUGUGAGACUGAGAUGGAGAUGGAAACAGAGGAGAACAUAGCUUCCAAUUCAGACGCUGAUUCAGCACAGAACAAUACCUUACCCAAGGGGAAGGUAGCAUCCAAUUCGCAGCCGUCCAAUGAUAGAACUAACAUGCACAAGUCCGAGAGUGCCGUGUCGUUUAAGGACACAGUCACCUCCCAGCCAGAAGGGAGGCUGAAGCAAUGUGGAGACCUUUGUCUGCUGGAUAGCAGCGAACCCCUGUACAUUCCCAUUACUCAAGAGCCAGGCCCCAUGACUGAGGACAUGUUGGAACAGCAUGCAGAAGUUCUGGCUAAGCUGGGGACGUCCGCGGAGGGGGCCCACCUCCGAGCGCGCAUGCAGAGUGCCUGUCUGCUGUCGGACAUGGAGGCUUUCAAGGCUGCAAACCCGGCAUGUAAGCUGGAGGACUUUGUGAGGUGGUACUCCCCCCGAGACUGGAUAGAGGAGCCACUGACGGACGAGACAGGCCAGCGGGUGCUGAAGGGAGAGCUGAGCCCACGGAUGCGCAUCCCGGGGAACAUGUGGUGCGAGGUGUGGGACAGCGCCCGCCCCGUUCCCGCACGGAAACAGAAACGGCUGUUCGAUGACACCAAGGAAGCUGAGAAGGUGCUGCACUUCCUGGCGGCUCUGCGGCCGGCACAGGUGGCGCUGCAGCUCACACCGAUGCUGGUGCACGCGGCCAUCCUCAGGGUCGAGGAGGAGGGUGAGACCUCGCCCCCCGCCCUGGCCACCAUGCUGGCCCAGAUCCAGGCCCGAGCCUCUAAGGUCCUCCGAGCCCCAAAUAUGGACGCACAGAAAUGCGAGGAUUUGAUGGAACUUGUGAGACAAGUCACGCUGGUGGAGACGGUCAUCGCCCGAGCGCGCUCACUGAGAGCAAAGUUCAACACGGAGAAGGCGCGGAGCGAUGACGGGGCGCAGGAGCUGGAGCGGUUCGUGUCCUCGCUGCUGGAACAGCCGGAGGUCAAGGUCAUCGGGGCAGGCAGGGGACCGGCGGGGACCGUCAUACACAAACUCUUCGCUACUGCACAAAAGGCUGCUCACUCCUUUGACGAUGACGACCAUUCCCCGUCGGAACACCGUGCGGAACUCGACUCGUGCCCUGACUUCCCGCGGCCGGCGGGUCGGGAGUACAUCCUGCGCACCACGGUGCCGCGGCCCUGCCCGGUCUCCCGCCCCUGCCCGCAGCGCAUGUUCUGUACGCUCAUCAAGGAGGACUUCAGACUCGCGGGCGCUUUCACCUCCGACACCACCUUCAUGUGAAGGUCAAGCAUGGAGGUCAAACAUGGAGGUCACACAUGGAGGUCAAACAUGGCACUUUCACCUCUGACACAACCUUCAUGUGAAGGUCAAAUAUAAAGGUCAAACAUUGAGGUCAAACAUGGACUUCUGAACUGUAAUCAUGG